GAGAGAGACCAGAGCCUCGAUCACCUGCGACCUGUUUCUGACGUUACCUGAAGGCUUCAGUUUAGAGGACACAGUUACUUCCUGUUAAUUUUGUGUGAGUGUUCUGGUUUUAGGCUGUUUGUGGUAGCUGCCUGUCUUGAAAGGUCGCUGUAGUUUUAUUUCAAUUGAUUUUUGUGGGAACACCCUGCAACCAUGUCGACGGCACUGGAGGUGACCGGGUUCAUCAUGUGUAUAAUCAGCUGGCUGGUUAACGGCGCCGUGCUGGUUAACGACUACUGGAAGGUUUCCACCGUGUCCGGCAGCGUGAUCAUCUCUCAGAGGCAGUUUGAAAACUUGUGGCACGCCUGCGCCGAGAAUAGCGCCGGGAUUGCUGAAUGUCGGGACUUUGAAUCCAUGCUCGCCCUCCCUGUUCACGUACAGGCCUGUCGUGCCCUGAUGAUCAUCUGCCUGCUGCUCGGCCUCAGCUCCAUGAUCGUCGCUCUGCUCGGACUCAAGUGCAUCAAAAUCGGCUCGGCCACCGACCAAUCAAAGGGCAAGCUCACCAUGGUGGGGGGAAUCCUGAGCAUCCUCGCUGGUGUUUGCUGUAUGAUAGCUGUUUCCUGGUACGCAGCCAGAGUCAUCCACGACUUCAAUGACCCGUUCUACGGUGGAAUGAGGUUUGAGCUCGGCACUGGCCUCUACCUGGGAUGGGGUGGAGCCUCUCUGGCCAUCCUGGGCGGAGGUUUUCUCUGCAGUGCGUGUAAAAGGGCAUCACCUGGUGGCAAGAAAGGCGCUUAUUAUGGAAAUGCACCACAGAAGGUUUACACGGCCACAGCCAAAUCAGAUCCAGAUGCCAAAGCUUACGUGUAAAAACAAUGUUGGUGCCACUAUUACCUUUACUGUAGGGAUAUGACAACGUUUUAGCCUGAA